AUGGGAUUGAGCGAUCGACCGAGGAAGGCGUGUGACGUAUGCUACACUCGCAAGAUCAAGUGCGACGGACAGAGACCGCGCUGCUCGAACUGCAUCAACUAUGCGACGGACUGUACGCAUAGCGCACAGAGCCGGAAGUCGAAGCCCAGAGCACAGCGUAGUGGCGGGGCCAGGGAGACGACUCAGAUGAACGAAUUCCAGGGCCUGCAAGCAGAAGUACAGCGCUUAGAGAACCAAAAUGCUGAGAAUCGAGACACAAGGCUCGAGGAGAGAAUAGCAGCGCAAGUUGAAGAUCAACACCAUGAGGACGACGAUCAUACGAUCAGCGCAAUGGAACUACCGCCACUAGAACAAGCCAUGGCUAUGGUCGGGAUAUUUCUCAACAGCUACAACGCAGUUCUGCCGCUGUUUCAUGCUGAUACGCUCCUGCGUCUGAUCGGUGAAUGCUACGCCCAGCAGCCCGGACAAUGCGACCCAGUAGUAUGGGCUGCCAUCAACGUUGUCUUUGCCUUGGCCAGCCAACAGGUGCCAGACCGAUCUCGGUCCCAGACUGAUCGGACAAUGGAGUAUCUCAACAAAGCCCAAUCCAUCAUCUCGACUGUGAUGCUGGGCGAGACUCGCCUCCUGAACAUACAAGUACUCAUAGGCAUGGUGCUGGUGCUCCAAACUGCACACAAUCUGACCCCAUCUUUAAUCCUCAUAUCAGCAACCAUGCGCCUCGCGCAUAAGCUAGGCCUACACAACCGCGCAGCAUCAACACACCUAGAUCUUGUGCAACGGAGACAGCAUGCCCGCGUCUUCUGGCUGGCGUACAUUCUCGACAAAGACUUAAGCCUCCGUAGCCAACAGCCUUCGGUUCAACUCGACGACGACAUUGACGUGGAGUUACCGUCUUCUUUGCCGAUGUCUAAUGACGAUAACGACAACACUGCCGGCAUCGUCGUUACGGCUGACGGAAACGCCAGAAUGAACUACUUCCUGGCUCGCAUAAGGCUGGCUAGCAUUGAGGGUCGUGUAUAUGACUGUCUCUAUUCAACCAGAGCAGUGAAUCGAAGCCUCGAAGAACGAGGCAAUGCAAAGGAAAACAUUGUCAAUGCCCUCGAUGAAUGGCGAGCUUCCAUACUGCCCGAAUUCAGCGCCAGCAUUGUCGCCUCGAGCACGAGAAACAAACCAGCACAUAGUGGAUUUUUCUGCGUGCUACACGCCGCCAAUCUCCAAUGCCUGGCGCUUGUUAACCGAGCUCACGCUUGGGAUGGACAAUGGGUGAGUGGUCUUCGCAGCCAUAGCCGAGGACUUCAGAUACUGCAGCUACCGCCAUAUUGGGAGACAAUGGUACACCAGGCCCGAAACUACAUGCUGUUGUUUCGAGAUAUCUGGUCGAGAGAUGUCUGGUUUCGCUGGAUGACUUCAUGUCCUUACACCACCGCCAUGGUACUAUUGACGGCCAACGCUUUGUAUAAUUCGCGGCAUGAUAAGAUUCAGUUAGAUAUCGAGCUGAUUGAUUCAGCUCUUCUUUGGCUCAAUGAGGCCGUGAGGGAAAAUCAAUCGGAGGAGGCCCAGGCACUUUGGGAAACUUGCGUUGAGGCCAUUCGAACGGUGAAGCAGAAGCUUGCUGGAAGCAUCACAACGCCGUCUAUCGAUUACUGGUUACUGGAUGAUCCAGGUAGUCUAGAUGCGUUCUAA